UUUCGUACACAAGGUUGCAAUAGGUGGUGGGUACCAGUCAGGAAAUUCAAGCCCAAGUCUUCCGAGGGCAAUUGAGUUGAGUUUACUUCAGUACUGUCAGUGGUCCACUAGACGUUGCAACGAACAAGAGGUCUUGUCAGGGGUGUGCUAACAUUAGUUAUUAUUACUCAACUCUUUGAAUGAAACGCAAUUAAAUUUGGGCCAAAAAUCGAAUAGUACAAAAUGCCAGGAGUAGUCGAUUGGUACAAUGACAUACACAAUAAAACUGAUCCAAGAACUGCCGAUUGGUUUCUGGUCACAGGUCCUGGCCCCCUCGUGAUGAUAGUCGUUUCGUAUGUUUACUUCAGUACCUAUGCCGGGCCCAGAUACAUGCGGGACAAGAAGCCAUACUCCUUGAAAAAUGUUCUAAUCGUUUAUAAUUUUCUACAAGUCGUACUGAGUAUAGUGUUAGUUCACGAAGGACUUGUCAGUGGAUGGUGGAAUGAUUAUAGCUUUGGCUGUCAGCCGGUCGAUCGAUCUUAUAAUCCCAAGGCGUUGCGGAUGGCACGUGCAGUAUGGCUGUACUACAUCUGCAAGUUGAUUGAACUGAGUGACACUGUAUUCUUCGUCCUCCGCAAGAAGAAUCGUCAAUUAUCCUUCCUCCACAUCUGGCACCACGGAAUAAUGAUAGCGUCGUCGUGGAUAGCCAUUCGAUUUUUCCCAGGUGGCCAAUGCACCCUUCUAGGUCUCAUCAACUCCUUCAUCCACAUAAUAAUGUACGGAUACUACAUGCUCUCAGCCUUCGGCCCACACAUGGAAAAAUAUCUCUGGUGGAAAAAGUACUUAACACGCCUGCAACUCAUACAAUUCUCUAUAAUCUUCAUUCAUAACUUCCACCAUCUCUUCUUAGACUGCAGUUUCCCUAAAGUUUUGUCUGUCCUAUUGACGAUAAACUCCCUUUUUUUCAUUUAUUUAUUUGGCUCAUUCUACGUGAAAAAUUACUUCACACCAGAAAAACAAGUUGAAGCAGGACACACAAAAACAAAGAGAAAAUUGAUAAUUGAAAAAUCGGAAUGACCGAUUGAGGAAAAAUACAAUCGAUCUCUCAUUUCCAUCGAUCUACCUCACAUAAUCGAACAAUCGGUCACUUACCGACGGAUUCAGACCGAUCUAUCCAGUACCAUAUGUUCAGCCAGAAUCAGAAACGUUUCGUCAAAUCCACGUGUAGGUUGGCAUGUUACAAAAAAGAAACAACUUCAAUCGAUUAUGGAUCAAUCGGUAAUGGGAAAAUCUACUUUGAUGGCAAUCUCGUGGAUAGGUCAUCGACCGAUAUCGAUCAGUCUCUUUGUUUUCACCUUGAAACAUGCAUAAUGAUCACAGUGCAUUAAAUAAUUACCGGCCGAUGGAACAUCGGCACCAUUUUUUACUAAUGUCUAGUAUUUCAAAAAUGUCAGCAUUUUAUCGAUAUAUUCUGCUCUUCUUUGCCCCUAAAAUCUGAACAAAAUGAACGCCACAAACUCACGAUUUCAGUCGAAUCAUAAAUACAAAUUCUAGGAUGAGAGAUUGGACAAAAAAAAUUAGCUACUAAUCGACAUUGUUUUCGGCAUUCGGAGAUCGCCGAUCGAAAAUAUCGCAAUGAAAAGCGACAAUUUUCAAAAGGCGAUCUGUCUAAUGAUUGUGUUAAUCUUAUUGAAAAAUGAUAUUUCUGGAAGUUUGCGUAACAAAAUUGUAAUAACAGGCACUGAAGAAUUUCCGAGGUGUUGACCCUGCGUGGCACUCACGUUGCUUCGUCGGAAAUUCAGAAAAUUUUUCAAUUGACGAAUUUGACGUCAUUCUUUUAAGCACAUUGCCUGUUGGUAGAUCGGUUGACAAUAUGCAUUACAAACGCGUAUAAAUGGAAUUCUUCUUUUUCACGAUAAAAUUAACGAUUCAACUACAGAGGUGUUAACAAACUUACCAUCAUUAUCGUAAUGUUCAUUAAUAAUUUAGUAUAUAUCCUAACAAAAAUGUGACUUGUUGUUAUGCAACAUGAAAAUUUUCAGCUGUAUUUGUUGAAAGAAAUUUGAAAGAAAAAAAAAUAAAGAGAUUGAAAGAAA